GUCAGUCCUACCACCACCGUCCAUACAAACCUCCCGGCCGGGUCCCGGUGCUGUUCCUAUCCUUCCUAUCCGGCCUCAGCACCGCCACCAGUGCCGUUAGAACGACGUUUAAAAAAAACAAACCGCCGGUUACGACGUUCGGACAGCAGCGGUUGGUCAAAGCGCCGAGUCCGUCGACCAACCGCUCUGUUGGGAUUGUCUCGUGCACGAAAAAGGGGGCGGAGCCUCCGUCGUGCACGGAAAAAAGGGGGCGGAACCUCCGCCUAAGCGAAAGAGGAGAGCGCUCUGUCGGCUCCGCGGAGCCACAACUACUCGCUCCUUGUGCCUCCGCUCACUGCUGUGUGUCCCGGUGAAUGCCCCACAACCGGAGGACCUUUACCUUGCACACCCCGUCCCGAGCGCACCGGGCUGCAGACUUGCACGGCGGCGGAAGGAGGAGGAGGAGGAGGAACGCUGCUUUUCGCCACGCGCAGAGUGAGGUUGUCGAGGCAUUCUGUGGUAAAUCAAUGACCAAGAACCUCUCAGGUUGAAGGCAGCAAUGGAAGUUGUUGUGACCGAGGAGAAGAAGAAGAUCUUCCGUGCCAGGAAAACCAUGAAGAUCAGCGACCGGCAGCAACUGGAGAGUCUUCACACCACCUUGUUGACCGCCACUCCGGGUGUGUCCGAGCCGUCUCCGCCGCCACUGGUGAACGGCACCCACAAAGAGGACGGACAAAAGGCGGGCGACAGGGAGCAGAACAAUGUAUCGGACUCAAACUCCCCCCAGGCCACGUCCCCCGCCUCCCCUGCUCCUUUCCUGUCCCUCAAUCUGUCCCCGUCUCCGGCCUCUUCGGAAAGUCCAAAAGACAAGGAAGAAAGUCCGACUUCUCCCACGUCGCCAUUCCACUCUCUGAACUUUGAACUGAAAAAGAUGGAGGGCGACGAGGAGGAGGAGGAGGAGGAGGAGGUGGAGGGGAAGGAGAAGAAAGGUUCACCAGUGUCCUCAUCAAAGGAUUCCGUUACACCAGCAUCAACAGAAUCCAAGGAAAAACAGGAAAAAGACUCUGAGGUGACCCCGAAGAUGGAAAAGAAAGAGGAGGACCAGACUACAACAGAGGACCCAGAUGUGGAUUUGUCGAAGAAUCCCGUCAAAGGUUCGGCUCCACGUUUGCCCGUCCCCGCUCCAGCGUCUGGCUGCACAGAACCAAUGGAUACCGAUAGUGACACUACAAAGGCCAAGACCCCCGCCGCCUCCGCAGCCAAAACAAAAGAUGAAAAGCCUUCCUGCCCAAAAUCUAGCGCUACCGAUUCCCCUCUCACCGGUCCUUCCUCGUCUCAUCCAGCGUCUUCUAAGGAUCUGAAACCAAACAAAGAAAUCAAAGCGGACGGCGUGAAAGAAGGAGAGGAGGGUGUGAAGGAAGGAUCAAUCAGGGAGGUAAAGAUGGAGGUGGACUCGACCAAAAAGAUGAAGACCGAAGUUGGAAAAACAAAAAAGCUUUCUCGGCCAUCUUCCACUCCACCAUCUAACACAGCAGCGACGGAGGAGAAGGGCUCCACAUCGGGACUGAAGCGCACUUUAUCAGAGAGUUUCGAAAAGGAUGGACAAACCGUCAAACGGGAGGGGAAGAGGCCCAAGGUGGAGCGCGAGGAGCUGGAGGCACAACUGGAAUUUAAAUUUACCGCAAAAGCCGGCGGUCACCACAAACUGGGAAAGAUUGUGCAACAGCUGGUCGAUGAGCGGCUGAGGGUCCUGGAGCAGACCAUUUUUGACAAAAAUUUCCAAGAGUUGAAGGACAGAGUAGACAAGAUCGACUGUGCCACCAAACACCAAACCGCCAUCACCACGCUCCAAGCCAAGAUAAACCGGCUAACGAAAAAGUUCGGAGAGGCCAAUCAGGUGUCGGAGAACAAAAGGAAACAGGAGGCCCUUGCUGCCGCUGCCGCUGCUGCUGCUGCCGCCGCCGCCGCCGCUACGGCCGCAGCCGCCGCCGCUGCCGCCAAGACUGCAGCCGCCACUGCUGCCGCCAAGCCCGCAACUAUUGGAAACAGCCCUCAAGUCCAACGGCCGAUCCGUACUUCCAUGGAGGUUAAGCAGAUUCCAACCGUUUCUUCGUCCAACACAGUUGCUCAAUCAGCUAUGGUCAAAUCUCUGGCCCAUACGACUGCUACCGCCGCCAUGGUUUCACAGGCCCCCAUCCUCCAGCUGAUCACCACCACAUCUAACGCCUGCUCCACCUUGGCCGGCGGCAUCACCACGCAGAGCCCCACGGGCACGCUGCUGCUGAAGACGGCCAGCGGGAGCAGCUUGAUGGCGGGGGGCCAACCGCUCCUCAUCCAGCUGCCGCUAUCGAUGACCAAUGGGCAGGGGGGAACUCUGGUCAACUUCCCCGUCUCCUCGCUGUCGGCCGCCAACUCCCUCGGCAAGGGCAAAACCACUACUACCACCGCCACUUUUAUACUCAAGCCCGCCCCCGCCAUUACCACCUCGCCGGCGUCGGCUGUGGCCACCGUCCCAGCGCUCCAGGCCUCCGCCGGCCAGAUGUCCUCUGCCCAGAUCUCUCUCGCCCGUGCUGUGUACCAGGGCGGCGCUGGGGGGAUAACUACACCCAACGCGGGGGUAUCCGUGACCACGGCCAGGACGCCGGCUCAGUCCGUGUCUGUAGCGGGAGCUCUGUCUUCAGCCUCUUCACCUGCCACCUCUGGACCGGCAGCUACAGGUUCCACCGCUCCGGGACCGCCACAGGGGACGUCUCUGACAUCAAAGACAGACAACCAAGCUACUGGAUCCACUCCAUCCAAAGCAGCCCCUCCAGGGGGACGACCCAAAGGCUCCGUCAUCGAUCUCACUGAGGACGAUGAUGACGUACAAGUGACAGGAGUGAAGAGUGCCACUGUCACAGCUCCCUCACCAUCCCAGCGACCGAGCCCCGUCGUCAGCGUUCCCAACAGCGCAGCAGCAAGGUCGUCCCCGCAAAGCAAUCAGAACGCUUCCAGCAGUCCUCAGCUGACAGUCCACCACCGCCCCCCACAGGAGGCUCAGAUGAAACCCCGCCCCGUAACCACUAGUACGCCGACCCGGAGCUCCAGCGUGUACUGCCCCCCCCUCCCCGCUGCGCCCGCACCGCCGCGCAUCCCCCCCGAGGCCGAGCGGUCCUCUCCCCCUCAGCAACCUCAGCUGAAGCUGGUGCCAAGUCAGACGGGCAUCGUGCUGUCGUGGUGCGUCGCAGAGACCGACCGCACCUGUGCGGCCGUGGACAGCUACCACCUCUACGCCUUCCAUCAGGACAACUCCAACAGCAGCGCAGCGCAGCAGCACUGGAAGAAGAUCGGGGAGGUGAAUGCCCUUCCUCUGCCCAUGGCCUGUACGCUGACCCAGUUCCAGUCCGGCUCCACGUAUCAUUUCGCCGUUCGAGCCAAAGACAUCUACGGGCGCUUCGGCUCCUUCUGCGAACCUCAGUGCACAAAUGUCAUCAAUUCCAGCUCCAGCUGAACUGUUGAGGAGUGGAAAAAGAUUUUUUGCAUCUGAAAGUUCUUGACUUCCUUACCUUUUUAUUUUAUUUUUUGUGUUAGAAACUCAAGUAUUGUGCAUUGAACUCAUACAGUAUCUGUAAAUAUCUCUCUGCAUAACAACUGGACUUCUGCCGGAGUUGGAGAAUGGAAACGGCAAACGUUUGGUUUUGUCUGGUUAACGUACGUAUUGUAUUUUUUGUGACUCAAGCUGUUGUACAUAGUUGGAUUACUUUGCCCCUCAACCAAGUCAGAUAUUUAUGUUGUUGUCUCCUGUUAUUCUGACUCCGGAUGUCUUUGGCUUUACUCCAGAACAGGUGACAGGAUCAUCAGUGUAAACUCCGAAUUGCACAGAAAUGUAUAAAUGUGUGGUAGAAACUGAAUGAUAACUUUUGUAAGUUUUGUCUGGCAACCAGACUUUGACAAACACAAUAAAAAGCUUUUAUUAAAGUCUUGGCGUAUUUUUUUUUGUGGCAAAUUUCAUCUUCUGUUUUAUGGUUCAUAGUGUUUCACUGCAAAUACAGAAACUACCAAUCUACCACCUUGAAUACAACAGUGCCCUCAUUGUCACUCUCAUUAACAGGAUACAGGUCUGUGACAAAAGUCCCAUGUUUUAUAGUUCUAAAUUGAUAUACAGUACUUUGCACAGAAGAGUGCAUGCUGAUCCAUAUAUGUAAGCUGAUCUGCUGCAGCUUUGGUCUUCUCAGGAAUCUGGUCCCUGUGGAGUUUUAGACCUGUAGUGGUGCUAUAAACGCUUUUACAGUUUGUACAAAAUGUUACUGUACAUAAGUGUGAAUGCGCAAGUUGGCAACGGAAGUACAGCAAUGUGCAAUGUUUGGCUGUGAAAGGGCAAUAACCACCAAAGAUCGCAAAUUCAACCUAGAAACUGACUUUGUAUUUGGUUGAGAUAAGAA